AUGAAGUACUACGUCGAGUACAUGUCGAGUUGGUUUGACUUGUGCGAUUCAAAGCAACACUUCGCAAUUGAUGUGCCGCAAAGGGCUCUGUCCUGCCCUACUCUUCUCAACGCCAUAUUUGCACUGUCAAGCCGGCAUCUGAGCUUGAAAGGAAAGCAUUUCGACACUUGGAUCUCGAAUCAUUACCACGAGCAAUGCCUGCAGCAACUAUCGAGCAUCUCUAGCGAUUCACAAGCUCUGCGUAACGAUGACUUGCUGGCGGCAACCAUUUUGCUGCGAACACUGGAGGAACUGGAGGUACCACUCCUCGGUACUGACAACGAAGGGCAUCUCCUUGGGAUACAAGUAUUCAUGACGGCCCACGGCGACGCCAGCACCGCGAGCAGUCUGCGAAAGGCCGCGUUUUGGAUCGGUCUUCGCCAAGAAGUUACCAUGGCCGUUGCGAGCCAACGGCCGAUCAAGACUUCCCUGAACCACGGCUUUGUUGACCUCUCGUUUGGGACCGCGGACGAUGACACUUGGGCGAAUAGAGUCAUAGUCCACUGCGCGAAGGUCGUGCAGUUUUGCUUUGGCAAGGACCACCAUUCCCUGGAAGAAUAUCGCGCAUUGGUGGAAUACGAGGAAGGGUGGCUGUGUGCGCGACCGUCGAGCUUCCUACCCAUUGCGUACAGCGAACCGGAUCCAUCACGGGGGGAAGUCUUUCCUCACAUACUCUACCUCAACCAUGCCAUUGUGAUUGGUGUGGUUCAUUGCAUCCUGGCACAGGCCCUUCUCAUGUGCUACGAUCCCACGGUGCCUAGGACCCAAGAACUCGCCCCUCUGUCGACCGCUGCCGUCGCCGUGUCCAUGCCUCCCCGCAAGCUCAAGAUUGGCGUCGCCGGCCUCGGCCGCAUGGGCAAGCGGCAUGCUCUCAACUUCUUCCAAUCGGUCCCGCACGCGGAGCUCGUCGCCGUGUCGUCCCCCGACCCCAAGGAGAGGGAAUGGGCGCAGGAGCACCUCGGCGCGUCGGGCGUCGGCGUCUACGAGCACUUCGACGACAUGCUGAAGCACGCCGGGCUCGAGGCCGUAUGCAUCGCCUCCGCCACUGCCGUUCACGCGGCGCAGUCCAUUGCCGCCAUUGACGCUGGCAAGCACGUCCUGUGCGAGAAGCCGCUGGCUACAACGCCCGAAGUGUCCCAAACCGUCGUCGACGCCGCGGCGCGCAGGCCAGAGCUCAAGGUCAUGUGCGGCUUCUCGCGGCGCUUCGACGAGAGCUACCGCGACGCCUACGCCAAGAUGCAGGCUGGGGUGAUCGGACGGCCGUGUGUCUUCCGCAGCCAGACGUGCGACAUGCUCGACCCGUCGGGGUUCUUCGUCGCGUACGCCGAGUUCAGCGGCGGCAUCUUUGUCGACUGCUCCAUCCACGACAUCGACCUGGCGCUGUGGUUCUUCGGCGAGGACGGCGAGAGCAAGGUCCGCUCCGUCAGCGCAGUGGGCAUCACGGCCGUGGAGCCUGGUCUGCGCAAGUACAACGAUCGCGACAACGCCGUCGGUCUAAUCGAGUUCACCGACGGGCGCAUCGUGCACUUGUACUGCUCGCGCAUGAUGGCCGCCGGGCAGGAGGACACGACCGAGGUCAUCGGCACCAAGGGCAAGCUGGGCGUCAAUACGAUCCCCGUGGCGAACUUGGUCCGCGUCUACGAGCCCACCGGCAUUCGCCACGAGGUACCCAAGAACUAUUGGGACCGAUUCAAGAACGCCUUCACACAGGAGGCCAUUGAGUUCUCCGAUUGCUGCCUCGACGACACCCCUGUGCCGGUGAAGCUGGAGACGGCGGUGUCGGCGGUCAGAAUCGGCGCGGCGCUGCAGGAGUCGAUGAUUACCGGGCAAAAGAUUUGGUUCAACAAUGGGAAGCGGGUCGAGCGAUCUCAGCUAUGA